CUCCUCUCUCUCUCUCUCUCUCUCUCUCUCACACACACACACACACACACACACACACACACACUCCAACACUCCAUUGAAGUAGGUAUCUCUCGUCUGUUGAGCGCCACAGCGUCGCAAUAUUUCCCGCUCACCUGUAUCGCACCUCCGCUGCCUUGGGCCCCAUGUGGCCCCUCCCUCACCGGACUGGACCGAUAAAUGGGUUAAGUCUGUCUCUGGGAGAAGCCGAGAUAAAUGCGGCGAGAGCGUCGGGAGAUCCCCCUCCGCUGUUUUACUACCGAUCGGCACCCAAAGGCACCGUCCUCUCAUCUGCGACGUGUUGAUUCGACAGAGUAGAUUGAAUGUAAAUCGUGAUUUAUGGUUUUAUGAGGAGGAGACGGCCAGCAGCAGCGGUUCUUAGACCCAGACCCGUGGGCGGCUGGGUGGCGUCCGUCUGGGUGAGCUGAUAGGACGAAGACUUGGCACUCUACCUACCAACUGCUUCAUCCCAAAUUUUCCAGAUAUGGCGAUGAGAAGUGAGAUGUAGAAAUCGGAUGGGAGGCCAUACAUGUGGGUUUGCGCUUCAGCUGAAACGGACAAAAUUGCCCAUUUCUUUCUCCUCCUCCUCCUCCUUCUCCUCCUCCUCACCUAACCAGUUGAUAUUUUGUCUAAAAAGUGUGCAGCACAUGACACCCUGGUGAAUCCCCGAGGCUAGUCCCACACACAGACUGAAUGAGUUCAUCUCUGGCUGUCGGACGGACUCCUCAAAAGCGCAGGACGGAUGCAAACAGACUAAACAAAUCUUGGCAUUUUGGAACACCCUCAGCGUCUCCGCCUACGGUUUUAUAACCGAGUGGUGAAUCUGUCACCGGGGGACCCGUCGUUUCACAGACAGGGAGAAGAUGCCAUUCCACCAUGUGCGGGCGGGCUUGCUCUAUCCAGACAACUACCUGAGCAGCUCCCUGACGGAGGGCAGUGAAGCUUUUCAGCUCACCAGCAUCUCCACCGAGGAGCUGGGAGAGAUCCGUGAGGCAUUUCGUGUUUUGGAUCGGGAUGGGAAUGGUUUCAUCUCCAAACAGGAGCUGGGCAUGGCCAUGCGCUCCCUGGGUUACAUGCCCAGCGAAGUGGAGCUGGCCAUCAUCAUGCAGAGACUGGACAUGGAUGGGGACGGCCAGGUGGACUUUGAGGAGUUCAUGACAAUACUGGGGCCCAAGCUGCUGUCGUCCGACAACAGAGAAGGAUUCCUGGGCAACACCAUCGACAACAUCUUCUGGCAGUUUGACAUGCAGCAGCUGUCUCUGGAUGAGCUGAAGCAGGUGCUGUUCCACGCCUUCCGGGACCACCUGACAAUGAAGGACAUAGAGAACAUCAUCAUCACAGAGGAGGAGAGCCUCAAUGAAACCUCAGGGAACUGCCCCGAGUAUGAGGGAGUCCAUCCUAAGAAGAAGAACCGUCAGACGUGUGUGAGGAAAAGCCUGAUCUGCGCCUUUGCUAUGGCUUUCAUCAUCAGUGUCAUGCUAAUCGCAGCCAAUCAGAUGCUGCGAAAUGGCAUGGAGUAACCACUUGCACUGUGAGCAUGGGGAGUGGACAGAACAGCCAUGACCUCGCAUCUUUCUUGUCUUUACAGCCAAAGCUGGACCAGCCACAGACCAAGCACUUCUCUAAACAAUUUAUGUAUUUUCGUUCUCUAUUAUUUAAGUUAAACUUUCCUUGUAGAAGCAGACAGUGUGAUUUUAUGACAAUAUAUGUUUAUUCAGCAUUAAUGAUGUCACCAUGUAAUGUUACUGGACUUUCUGACACCUGAACUGGAAAAGUAUUAUGUUUUAUAUAUUUAUUGUUAGGUGAGUAGUAUGAUUUCUUCUGUUGUUUUUAAUACCAAGACCAACCUUUAAACCUUAUUUUCUUAUUACCCAAUAUAUUUUUCAGGUGCUUUGAGCCAUUCUAAUAAAAAAAAAAGAAAGUAAUAUUUCUAAUAGUUAGCCUGUAAAGGUAUCUACAUAUUAACCCCAAGAGAAGUUGCGUUGAAUGUGACCUGAGUGAAUGUGGGCACUGAAUGUCAGCUCAGUAUUAAAAUGUCUAUCACCAGUAAAUCCCUCACCUCUCAUGUGUUCAGGUAAUAAAUCACACUCUUUGUAAAACGUCCACAUCAUAGAGUUCUCAUAUCUUACUGCACUUUUAGUCUUUGUUUGUAUUUACAAGGAGCACAAGUUAAUACCCAG